GCAACCACUUGUCCUUGUCAACAACCGGGUCAAAAUAUUGCAGUUCCCUUGCUUUUUUUUCUUCAAUGUUACAAUUAAAAUAAAAUAAAUUGUAAAAAGUCCCAACCUUCUGUCAAUUGCAUUUAAAUUCUUCCUUUCUUCUUAUCGUGGUCGUCCAAUUCCUUUAUUAUUUCCAACUUCCAUUUCCCCCAAAAAUUCUCUCUCUCUCUCUCUCUCUCUCUCUGUGAAAAGAGGAAAAGUGGAAGUGGUGUUGUUAUUGGAAUAAUAUUAGCUAGUAAGCAAUUGGAAAUGGGAAGGUCACCAUGUUGUGAGAAAGAACACACAAACAAAGGAGCAUGGACCAAAGAAGAAGAUGAGCGUCUCAUCAACUACAUCAAACUUCAUGGUGAAGGUUGCUGGAGAUCUCUCCCCAAAGCUGCUGGAUUGCUUCGUUGUGGGAAGAGUUGCAGACUUAGAUGGAUAAACUACCUGAGACCUGAUCUCAAGAGAGGCAAUUUCACUGAAGAUGAGGACGAACUCAUCAUCAACCUUCACAGCCUACUAGGAAACAAAUGGUCUCUAAUAGCGUCACGGUUACCUGGAAGAACAGACAACGAGAUAAAGAACUACUGGAACACCCACAUCAAGCGGAAACUCCAUAGCCGAGGAAUCGAUCCCCAAACUCAUCGUCCCCUACUAGUACACAACACUAGUACUACCACCACCACCACUACUAGUAUUACCAAACCACCUCCUCCUCUUCCUACUUCAAGUUCAAGCAUUAAUAUCAUUAAUAUUAAUGAUCAACAAAAAUCCAAAACCAAAUCCCACCAUAUUCAGCUUGCUGAUGGAGCACAACAAUCAGCUGCAGAAGAAGAACAAGAACAAGAAGAACAACAAGAUUCAAACAAUACUAGCACUAGUACUGUGAUGACUGGUGAGGAUAAUGAUUAUUUGUCUCAUCUCAAUAUCAACCUUGACCUCUCUAUAGGCCUUCCCAAUCCCUCCUUUCAGCCUCAUCCCCAUCAUCAAAUUUCCUUCUCCCAAGUUUCUGAUCAAUAUUCAAACACUACUACUGCUGCUGCUGCUGCUCAUGCUCAUCAUCACCAACCAAUUACCAAACAACAGCAACAACAACUAUAUUAUAAUGGGACUAAUAAUUAUGUAAAUGGCGCUGUGUGUUUGUGUUGCCAUUUAGGGUUUCAGAAAAACCAACAUCCAUGUGCCUGUAUUAAUUCUGUGGUAACUACAACUGCAGCUGAUCAUAAUAUCCACUUUUUUAGAUAUUAUAUACCUUAAUAUAUUCAUUCUUAUUUUA